AGGCCGGUGAUGAUGUUCUGCUCUCACGGGACCCCAAGAAACGACGGACAGGAGACACAUUUACAAGUCAGCACCAAGGACCAUAUACUGUGUCCAGCAUCUCUUCCAAAGGGGUGGCCACUAUCGUCAAAGGGUCAGCUUGUCAGAGGGUCAAUGUGUCAAGACUGAGGACAUAGUACAGAUUGAAAAGAGGAGGUGCCAUUGAUUCGCCAGUGGUGGUGAAUUCAGUUGAUGGAGAGGUUUUGCCUUGAAGGGCAUGGACAGAGAUUUGCACACUGGACAGAAGAAGCAUCCCAACUCCUUCAGGGAACCCUUGAGCCUGUCUUUAGGGUGUCAAAAUCCACCACCACCAAACAGUCACCCAGCAGAAGAGUUGUGGCUGAAGAGGACACUGAUAAGGUGCAACAGCCUACCAUCGUGAGAGACCUUCAUACAGCUUGGUACUGGGUAAACAAUCACAGAGACUUAUUCCGUGGAGAGGUGACAGAGCCUGCUUUUCUGCAGAUGAACAGUGAAAGUCAACAAAAUGCACUCAGGAAGGCCCUGGGGAGUGAAUUCCCUGAAGCAAAGGCUGACUUUUUGUUUAUAUUUCAGUCUCAAGAUGACAUGGAAACAUUUUUGUCAAACUGUGUUGAUAAACAAGGCCUGAAGGUCAAUGCCAUGUUCCUCAAUCAGCAAUUGUAGUAGACGAGG